GUUCUGACUGUCUCAUACAUUUGCACAAAACAAAAUAUAGUCUUUUUUACCCAUUUUCGUCGGGUACAAAGUAUAAAUAUGCAUCGGAAAAUUUUUUUUAGCCGCGAAUAUUUAGUAACUAUUUGCUAUUUUUCCUGAAAUCCAAGUGGUUAACAGAUUUGUAUAUGCCAUCUUUAGUAUUUCAUCAUUGUUGCUUUGGUUUUCGUAACCAUGCUAAUUGGUGGCGUUUUGGGCUACGUAUUUCGUGAGCGUAUGCAGCAAACAAUGCGUCAGGAAAUGCGAUCGACAAUGGCGUUGUAUGGCAGCCGGCGUGAGAUUACACAGGCUUGGGACUUAACUCAGGAGCGAUUGCAGUGCUGUGGCGUAGAUACAUGGCACGACUGGAAUCGAUAUGGACCAGUGCCUGAGUCCUGCUGUCAGGAACUCUUUGGCGGACAACGCAAGGAAUGCACUAUCUUUCCGACUAUCACGAAUCUUUAUAAUCAAGGUUGCCUAUAUGUGGCGACGAACUUUAUAAGAGAUCAUGCGGCAGUAAUUGGAGGCACAUCCAUAGCGGUGGCUAUACUCAUGAUCUUUGGCAUGAUUUUCUCUUGUUUGUUAUUUAACAUGAUUGAAUAGCCUAACAUAGAAAGGAUGGCAAGGGCAACGCCAUUUAUAAAUGUAUUGCAUAAUGUUUACUUAAAGUAUUAUCCCAGUGUAUGCUAUAUAAGACCUGUUACACAAAAGUCGUUGCUUUUGUACUAUGUUUAUCUUAUAUCCCGAAUUAAGUGUAUACUAUCUUAAUGUAUGCUAAGUGGCUUGUCAAUUUUUUGUGCCUGUUAUCUGUUACAUAAUAUUGAACCAUCUUUGUUAUAUUUUGUUAUGAUUUAAGUCCCAAAAAUACAAACGACAAAAAUUGAUUCAGUUAUUAACUA